AUGGAUUCUAUUGAAAUGUUUCCCGGAUUCAGCGCUGAAUCUAUACAGUUUUGGUGUUCCGUUGGAAAUAUUAUGGGCAGAAUCUUCUUGGAAGCUUCUACGUAGACCAUAUUCAUUUCGUGGUUCCAAUGUUCGGUAUAAUCCUUGGCUUCCUGCAUUUGAUUGUGCUCACAAGAAAAUCAAUGAGAGCUUUGACUAUAAAUGUAUUUUUGGCUGGAAUAUAAAUUUCAUCUCCGAACUCGAGUCUGGCAGUUUUCAGCGGCAAUCUUUCCUUGGCAACUGCGAGAACAGUAGAACAACUGUCUAUAUGGUUUGGCGUAAUUAUGGCAAUUAUUCGAGCUCUGGUCAUCAAGUUUCCCACAAACGUUAGAAUUAACGGCUUCAUUCAUGCAAAAAAUAGUAUCCACAUUCUCAUUAUCACCACAAUUCUUAUAAUCCCCUUCUGGAUACCCCAUUACUCACAAGAACUUGUCAUGGAACCUGGAAGAUGGAUUCCUCUUUCGAAUUGUCUUGUAUUCUCGGAAAACUCGACCAAAAUGCAAUUUAUUUUUGAAGAGACCACUAUUUUUGGAAGCACUGAAGUUUAUAUUUAUGCUCUUGUAAUCGAGGGAGUUGUAUUUCAAUUAAUUCCAUCUAUUAUUCUUCCAAUAGCAACUGUUGUGCUAAUUUUUUAUUUGAGGAAAACCAAGAAAACUUCAGUCUCAACAAAAAGCUUAUCAAACCAUAAAGACACAAUUCGAUCGAUGAAACUUGUCACAUUCAUGACAAUAUCCUUUUUAAUCUCAACUACUCCUCACGGGCUUAUGUACGUUUUUGGACCUUUUCUAGUUGAGAUACCAGUCAUUUUAAUGAUAUACUCAAGAUUUGGUCUGAUAUUGGUAUUUUUAACAACUGUCAAUGGAGUUGCCCACUUUUCCGUCUAUUACUUCAUGUCCUCUCGUUAUCGUAAAAUUGCGGCAAAACUAUUCGGAAAAGCAAACAAUUCUAAUUCCACGUUCACCAUACACUCCACGGGGACUCAAAAUUUUAAUUUAUUUAAAUAA